AUGGAACUGACAGUCCCAUGGGAAGGUGGCUGGGAGGAGGCCUCCGAGAGGAAAGCCACCAAGUACUGUGACCUGGUCCAGCUGUGCAGGGAUAAAAGGGUGGCAGGCCUGGCUAUUCCCAGUGGAAUGAGUCUAUCUGAGGAGCAGCAGGGAAACAGGCCUCCUAACAGAGAUGGAGAUGAGGUGGAAGAACAAAAAGACAACAUCCCUUUGGUGGCACUUGCACCUGAUGCUCCACUCCCGGAGGAGCAGCCCUCUCCUAGAGCUGCUGUCUCUGCUAAUCCUGCUUUCCAGUGCCUAGAUGAGUUGUUGUCGUCUGGCCAAAUCAGUCAGACCAAAGUGGCCAAACUGAAAUCCAGCUACAGACUUCUCCAUGAUGAUCUAAAGAGUAGCCAGGACUCUGAGCUCAAGCUUUUGGGGGAGGCGAAGAGGUGUCGUGCUGAGCUAGAGAGGCUGCAGGCCGAGCUGGAGCGAGCAGAGGAGCAGAGCACCUCUGAGCAGCCUGAAAGUGAGGUCAAUGAACUGAGGCGGCAGCUCCUCCAGGCAUACAAUGAACUGAGAGCUGCCGAGGACAGAGAGUACAAGACGGAGCACAAACUGAAAUGUCUCUGGGAAGAGAAGCAAUAUCUGGAGAGGGAGAAUGAGAUUCAGCCCAAACCUGCUGAGCUGGAGAGCCGAACAAAGGCCCUGCAGGACAAAGGUGAAGAUCUGAGGAAAGAAGUUGCCCAGAAACAACUGGAACUCAGAAGUCUGAAGGAAGACGUGGAAGCCCAUGAAACGCAGAUAUUGAAAGAACAGAAGGAGCUGGAAGACAAGAUGGAGAUCACAGAGCUCAAAGAGGCUGAGAGAGUGCGGCUCAUUAGCGUACCUGACCAGAUUUUAAAGGAGGUCGAGAGGAAAAACUCUAAAAGGGAAGCUGCAAUGAAGAAAAUGGAAGCGCUAAAUAUAGAGAUGUCCGAAAAGGAACUGCACGUGAAGCAGGUGGAGCUGUGUAACCAAUCUCUUAGGAGGAGGAAGAAGGAGCUGAAUGAGGAGCUGGAGGGUCUCCGGGUCAAAGUAGAGGCCACUCAGAGGGAGGGCAGACAGCUGGUAAAAGAACAAGAGGUCAAACAGGAGGAAGAGGCUGAAUUAACUGGGAACAGAGGAAUCCUGGAAAUGAAGAUGCAGAAUGUGUUGUGUGACAGAAAGUACCUGUAUGAGAGCCAAGCUGUGCAGCUCAGGGAGAAAAACAGGCAGAUGCAAGCCCUAAAGAGGAUGGAGCAGGCGUUGACUUUUGCCACUGAGCAGCUAGAACACACACAGUCCAUCUCCAAUGAACUACACGCACAGUUGGAGGCUGUUCCUAAAAGAGAGACCAGCAUUCAGCAGCGGAUGGAGCUUCAGAAAGAAGUGGAUGCUCUCAGAGUCAGCUUUGAAACACAGCUAUCAGUAGCAGAGGAGGAGAGCAGAAAGAAGCAGCAGUACGGGAUGAUUCAGGAGCUGCUGAAGGAGUCAAACUGCCUCCGAGAAGAACUCCAUAACCUCCGAUGUUUGACACAGAUCAAAGCCGAGGAGAGGGGCCAGAAGCACCGUGAACGGCUUAGGGCUGAGCAGCUGAACCAGCACAUCCAGCAGGAGCUGCAAGAAAAAGCCUUAAUCAUCAUGGACCACAACAAACUGAGUACUAUGCUGCAGCGCAGGGUAUUGCAGUAUUGUAAGCUGUGCCAAAUGAUUAUGGAGGAGAAGAAUAAGUAUGUAAAGCUGAAGCAGAUUGCCUCCCAGGCAAUCACAGAGCUGAUGGAGCAGGUCAAGGUGCUGGAAAAUGAGACGGAGAUCCAACGCACCAUCGCCAUCAACAAGGACAGAUCACUCACAAAGGCUCGUAUGAAGAUCGCAAAUAUCUCCAAAAUGAGGGACAAACUGCACAAUGACAUCUCCAAGGCUGCCUGGAAGCACCAUCAGAUCAGUCAAGAGUUUGAGGACAACAAACUGGAGUCAAUGAGACUCACACAGAUGAUCAACCUCCAGGAGCAAACACUUCUGGAAAUAAAUCGCAAUCAAGAAACAGCCAUACAGCGCCGCAAUUCCCUUGGCAUCCAGCUGCUGGAGCACGAGGAGGUUUUAUUCAGCUACUAUGAAAAGGUGAACAUCCAGGAGGCGGCCGUUACCAAGGGCAACAUGGCACUGGAGAGCCUGGAGAAGGACAUGAGAGACCUACAGUUGGCGAUAAACGAGGAGAAGAGACGGACGGAGCUGAAGAAGAAGGAGGUGCCUUUAAAGAAAAAGUUGGAGGACGAGAUCACCAUGCUGCAGAUUGAGUUGUCAGAAGCCAGAGAUAAGACGAUUGAGCGUCUGAAUGGAACAGUAGAGUACAAAGAGCUAAAAGGCAAAGACCCCUCCCCUGUUGAACUCGUCAAGAAGAUCGAGCAGCUGGAGGUGAAUCUAGCAGAGCGGGAGAGGCAGGUGCUGGAAAAAGAACUCCUCGUGGACCAGUUGACCCGGCUCUCGAAGCCGCUCAGCGAGCAGGCGGAGAGCUGCCAGCAGGACAAACUCUCACUGGCAAAGAAGCUGAAUGAGCUCCGAGCUCACAUAAUCGACACCAACCACCGCAUGAUGGCCGCCACCGCAGAACUUUCCAUGAAGCAAGCUGUCACUCUGGCUCUGCAGCAGGAGAUCAAAGAGAAAGAGCUGCAGAUGGACAGGUGCCAGCAGCAGCUGGAGCAGGGCCUGCCACCGUGCCCCGAGAUGGAGGAGGAGUGGAAGAGGAUGCUUAGAGAGAAGAAGAGGAGACAGAGGAACAAAGAGGAGAGAGAGAGGCUGGCUGAAGAAGUCGAGUGGACCCAGUUGCCUAAUGGAGAGUACACCACAGCCGAAAUUCGCCCCAACGCCUACAUCCCUGAGACCGACACUCUCCCGCUGCCGAAACCCUACGGGGCCCAAGCCCCCUUCAAACCCUCCCAACCAAGUGCCAACAUGAGACACAUCCGCAAACCAACGCUUAAAUCCUUAGAGACCUAGAAUACAACACAAAUAUGUUCAUAAAGUUUAAA